GAGAAAGGAGACACGGGGAAUGUGAUGACGGAGCCUGUGGCUGGUGAGGCUGCCGAGCAGGGCCAGGCCGGGUCCUGCUCGCAAGGACACCCAAGCCCUUCACCGGCCCCUGUUCCCCAGAGCCCACCAGGCUCUCCUGCUGGUCCCACCAUGACAUCGGAGCCCACAUCACCCGCAGUGGUGCCACCCCUCCACUCCCCCAAGUCUCCUGUCUGGCCCACCUUCCCCUUCCACAGGGAGGGCAGCAGGGUCUGGGAACGGGGUGGUAUCUCACCUCGGGACCUUCCUAGCCCUCUGCCUACUAAACGAACCAGGACAUAUUCGGCGACAGCCCGAGCCUCUGCUGGUCCCGUGUUCAAAGGCGUCUGUAAGCAGUUCUCACGCUCACAGGGCCAUGGCUUCAUCACCCCCGAGAAUGGGUCUGAGGACAUCUUCGUGCAUGUUUCUGACAUCGAGGGGGAGUAUGUGCCAGUUGAAGGCGAUGAGGUGACCUACAAGAUGUGCCCUAUCCCACCUAAGAACCAGAAGUUCCAGGCUGUGGAAGUGGUGCUUACCCAGUUGGCUCCUCACACUCCCCAUGAGACGUGGUCUGGCCAGGUUGUGGGCUCCUAGGCUGGGGCAGCCACAGGGGGAGGGUGGCCAGCAGCAGGCCCUGUGCCCCCCACUGUGCUGCUGACUAGCCCCUAGGUGGCCUCAGUGUGUUUGUUUGUCUGUCUGUCUGUCUGUGCUGUGGCCGUGAGUAUGUGCCUCCACCCACCUGUAACCUGUAACUAUUGUGUGAGCCAGCCAGAACUGGAUGGAGGGGAGGCCACAAACCCUACCUUGGCCUGUCACUCCCUCCUCUCUGCUGUCACGUAUAUACAAGAUCCUUUCUCCCUCCUGCCCAUCAUUACAUAUUGA